UACAGACUUGGCAUGACAUGAAAACAAAAGUGAAAGGAAAAAAAGCAGAUAUUAAUCGAAGUUUAAGAAAGACUGGAGGAGGUCCACCAUCAGACAUUAGCAUGACAACAAUAGACGACGAUGUAGCUAAGUUAAUUGGACCUACUACUAUAUAUGGUGAUGCCUCUGUUGAUGAAUCUAUUGCGGAAUUUAAUUAUGAAAAUAAUGAAGACACUGAAAUCAUAAACGUAACGGAUUGUAAAGGGAAAAAUACCAAAAUAUCAAAUUCAGCAUCAAGACUCAAUAAUGUAUUGAAAGAAAAACAUGACUUAAUUGCAAAAAAAUCUGUUCAAGAACAGUUAUCAAUUUGCGAAAAAGAGAAUUAUCCAUCAAUAUCUCAAAAAUCAGUAGAUCGUGAUAAUAUUGUGAUACUAGAAUCUUCAAAUAACGAGAUAGAUGUAAACAGCAAAAUCACAUUGAAUAAUCCAAAUCCAAAUCCAAUUAGAAGAACCGCAGCAAGUAAAGGUACCAAGAGAAGCAGACAGGACACAUCUCAACAACGUGCUACCAAACAAGCCUGUUUUGAUAACACUCUCUCCUAUACAAAAUCUUUGACCACAAAUGUGGAGAAUGACUUGAAGAUACGUUCAGAAUAUUAUGAAAAAAAACUUACGCUUAUGGAACGUGAUGUUGUAGCGAAAGAACGAAUUGCUACAGCAAUCGAAGCUUAUUAUGCAAUUACACAACAAGAGAUAAAUUUCGAAGAAGUAUAAAAUUCAAAAGAGAGAGAUUAUUAGUUUAUAAUAUCAAUUAUUUAUUAAUGCCAAAGCUAUA